UAGAGGUAGCGCUGCCCUAAUCUGGAUGAGAAGUUUUAUAUAAAGCCAGAUCAUUCAGAAUUGAAAAUGUGGCCCUAUUAAUGGAGCAUUUGUCUUUGCUGUUUAUAUAAACAGAGUCAUCAGACAGGAAGAGAGGAAGAGAAAGCUAUGUUCAGGGUGGGUUGAUGACAGCCCCUGGCUCUGCAUUGCUGACGAAAGCUGCUUAGCCCCUCAGUUGCUAUGGCAACCAGGGAGGGCAGCCAGAGAAAAAUGAGUCAAAGGGGAGGGGCUUUUGAGGGAGAAAUAGAGGAGAAAGGGCUGGAUGGGAAAGACAGACGGAGGGAGGGAUACGGACAACUGAUAAAGAAACACUGAGAGCAGCGGAGGUAGCGCAAGGCUACACACGGAGAAAAAGGUCUGGAUAUAAAUGCUCCAUCACUGGCUGGGGAAUAAAAUCUGCAGCAGCUGACAGGAGGAUACAAAAACAAAAGGGGGACGCAGAGAGAAGAUGGACGUACAAACGGAGAACAUGGACCCCCCACCUUGUGAAUCGCAGCCAAGUGGAAAAAUCAGAAAAGGAUUCAAGCUGUUUGGCAAACGCAAGCCAGGUAACAUCUUUUCUAUUCGAAGCAAAGGGGAUGGAAACAACAAGUCACCUGUUCACAGGAGCAAAACACUAGAUGGAUUAUCAGAGAGUCCUGCGCCAGAUUCUGAGCAGGAGCCGGACAAGGAAAAGGGACAGGAGGUGAGCGAGGCAGAGAAGGAGCAGGCAGAGGAGGAGCCACUCGGCGAAGAUGGCGUUCUGGCUGCCGCCCCUGCUCGCAACUCCGUUUCUUCAGCCAGCUCAGCCAAGUCUCUCAGCUUCCUGUCACUGCUGAGGGGUGGCAGGAGGGGAGUGGGGGACCGCCGAGUCCACACCGUGUCCCAGCCGGUGGGUCGCCAGCGUCGUGGGCUGAAGGGUCUCUUUGGAAAUGUUAAGUUCAAAUCGAAAGAUAAAGAGGAGAAAGAGGAGCUCCCUCCUAGUCCGCUCCUCAUGUCAUCCCGUGCCAACAGUGUUGAAAUCAUCAAAGAGGACCUCACCCUCACACCCAAAUCCCAGCCUCGCUCUCUGGACAGCCCUGAAACAGAGAGGCGUGAGCACGGCAAGAGCGCAACAACUCUGGACAGUGCAACCCCGUCCCCACCAGAGACCGUAACUUCCCAGGUAACAACAAGCAGUGUGAGUAAAACUCAUGAAAAUGUAGCGCCGUCGCCCACCUCUGAGCCACCACUGGUGCCUGGGGACACCAGCCUGAGCUCGCUGCUUGCGGACAUCUCGUCUCUCCUGACUUUUGACUCCAUCACAGGGGGUGGGGAUAUCAUGGCUGAUGUGGAAGCAGAGUGGGGGAAAGCGAGCAGUGCUAUCAGCGCUGUGGUGACUGAGGUAACGCCGACAUCCACAUCUCCCUUCUCCAAACCCACUAUCUCCUCUCCGCUGAGUCCCACAACAGUCAGCACUGCUUCCACAGCAAAACCUUCUCCUGUAGCCGUCCCCACUGCCACUUCACCCCAAACCUUUACUUCACUGUCGAAGGCAACUACAACCUCUUCUCCCAUUUCCAAGCCAAGCACCACCCCCACCACAACUUUCACCAAAUCUUCCACUCUGACAUCUCCCUCAGUCAAACUGAGCUCAGACUCUACUCCAGCCUCUGAGCCUUCUGCCAGCGCUAAAACCAUCACAGCUCCGGCGCCAACUACAACAAAACCCUCAGCGUUUCCUGUAACUUCAACAAACCUUUCAGCUCCAACGUCUUCCUUUUUGAUUACAAGUAAAUCUACAGUGAUGUCCACCUCUACAGCGACCACAGCUCCUCCAAACACCCCAGCCUCUGUAGUAAAGGCUCCCUCAGUUAGUCCAGUUCUUACCUCUACAGCUAGCAAACUGGCUUCACAGACUGUACUGCCUCCUCAAACUACUACUUCUGUAAGUAAACCCAGUCUUGUAGCUACUUCACCCCCCGUCUCCACCAAACCCCCAUCAAUAACCCACAGCCCACCCAUCCCUGUUGCUAUCUCCCAGCCUCCCCCUGCUAAGUCAGAUUCAAUUAGCACUUCCUGCAAACCUUCUCUAAGCUCAGUUGCAGUAGACUCUAAACCCCCAGUGACAGUAUCACCAGCCUGCACAGUUACAGCAAAACCAUCUUCUCCUGACCCGGGUAUUCUCUCUAAAACAACAGCUCCCACAUCAGCUGCAACCUCAGCCUCUGCAUCUGGGGCCCUUUUCAAGCCUACACUCACCUCUACCCUCACAGAACAAAAUAAAAGCCCUCCCUCACAUGUAACUGCUCCUGAUAUCUGUCCUCCCACAGCUAAAACCCAACCCAGCCCUGCAUCUAUCACAACUCCAGCUUCACUUUCUUCAGCUAAGCUUCCUCCUGCGACUAAACCCACCUCUGCCCCAGUCUUGUUAGAUAAGACGCCCCCUACUCCCACACCAAUUCCAGCACCUGCCACUCACGCAGCAGUUUCUACAGCAUCUACUGCUCUGGGUCAUAUUCCAGUUUCUUUAUCUAAAGAUCAGCCUGCUCCUGCUCAACCGCAAAUUUACCAAUUUAAAACCCCUCCUGCCCCUGUUCAAGUCCCAGUUUCUAUCUCUAAAGAUCAGCCUGCUCCAGCUCAAAAGGAGCCUGCUCAAUCUAAAGCCCCUCCUGCCCCUGUUGAGGUUCCACUUUCUGUCUGUAAAGAUGAGCCUGCUCCAGCUCAGAAGGAGGCGCCUCAAUCUAAAACCCCUCCUGCCCCAGCUCAGCCCCCAGUUACUGUAUAUAAAGAUCUGCCCGCUCCAGCUCAAAAAGAAGUCCCUCAAUCCAAACCCCCUCCCGCCCCUGUUCAAAUCCCAGCAUCUGCAUGUAAAGAUCCACCUGCUCCAGCUCAACAGGAGGUUUUUCAAUCGAAACCUCCACCUGCCCUGGCUAAAAUCCCAGUUUCUGUAUCUACUGACUCUCCUGCCCCAAUUUCUGUACCCAAACCGCUUUCUGCUUCUGGUCAGAUUCCAGUUUCUCAACCAAAAGCCCAUCCUGUACCUCCUGGUGCUCCUUGCCCUGUCACUUCUCUUCCCCCUACCCCUAAACCUCAACCAAGUGAAGCUCCAGCCUCUGCUAAGCCUAGUGGAAGUGGACUAGCAACAGUGGAUAGCCAAUUGGCUAGUCCAAAUGGCACGAAUGGGGAGGGUGUGCAGACUGCACCGUGUAAAACCGAAGAACCGCAUAAGGAGUCGCGAACAAGCCUCCAAGAGCCGCCCAGAGAAAAGAGAACACAAGCCAAAGCAUCAGGGCUGAGCAAAAUCCCUGUCGUAGGAGGAAGCAGAGUGGGCAGGCUACCUGUCCGGGACAGCCAGCAACAUGCUGAUGAGGAAUCAAACAGAAAUCCGCCUACACCCGUGCUAGAAGAAGAAAGACCCCAUUUUAACUCACAUGAUGCAGGAAACAAAGAUAAAAUCAGUGCUGCAGAAGCCACCUCAAAACACACCCAGGAGGACAGUCAGCACCCCCAACACCAGAAAGUUCUCACCAGUUCAGCGCGUGACUCAAAGAUCCCCGUGAAGCACGGUGCACAGACUCACACUGCCUCCCAAGUCCCUCAAACUAAAGAACCCCCUCGCACUAAGAUACCCGUGUCCAAGGUUCCUGUCCGCAGAGCUGGUACUAAACCUGCAGCCACAGGUGGCAGCGCCCAGAUGAGGAAAUAAGACAGUGGACUGAAUCAGUCGACUGCAGAUUACUGCUCUGACUGCAGUGGACUGAAUCAGUCGACUGCAGAUUACUGCUCUGACUGCAACUUUUUUCCAACAUCACAAUUUUUUAAACUUUGCAUUCUAUACUGUAAAUCCUGGCUGGUCUUUCUGUCAUCUCUUGGCUUCACUACUUCAUAAGCAACAGGAACAGAGUCAAGGAAACUGACAGCACUCAAGCACAAAACAUCCCCGUGGGCAGCUGAAGCGACAAGCCCGGCUCUUCGGUGCUGAGCCACCUUAGACAUGCACUCAGGAAAGGUUCGGGGUCACACCUGAACACAAAGCAGCAUCAGUAACAAAGGAUGAGCGAGAUAAAAGGUCGUCUGGGAACAUAGUCUGUCUCUCUCACACACACACACCCUUUCACACAACAUGGGCGAGUGCCUUUUUGAGGGUGCUUUUCCUACAGACUGUCAGAAUUUUUUCAGUCUUUUCUACAGUACUUUUAACUUUUGUUACUCCCACUUUUUGUAGGAACCUUCAAGUCUUUUUUGUCUUUCUUUUCAGCAAGUCUCUUUGAUAAUAACCAAUCCCUUUACCUAUUAUUUAUGCCAGGAGAUGAACCGCAGGAGCUCUAUAGAUAAAUGCAACAACCAAAUUUUACAUUCCACACCUUUCUCUGGAUGUAUGUAGCAGAAAAAAACAUGCCAUGAAGUUUUUGCACAAUAUGUUGAACUGUACAGCGCCCGUGUGUCCGCCUGCUCAUAUGUAACAUACUCAGAUCUCACUGUGAACUAUGGGAGGGGCUGUGGUUUGAAAGAGUGGAAAUUACUCCUCGCAAUGAAAUUGACAGUGGAGAGCAGCCAUUAAAAAUGGCAUUGUGGACAGAAAGGAUGGUGGGAUGAGAUCUCCAGCUCAUGAACUGGCACAUCUUUAUUCCUGUCCCAGUUAUACUCGGAUGAGAACAGCAUCUCUGUGUAGAGACUCAUCUAUGUUGUCCUGUUUCCUAUUUAAUCAAUAAAACAGUAUGAGU